GCUUUUACUUUGAAAGGGUAACUUGAAACCAGCUGGGUCCGAAGUGCGCAUGCGCAUUGUCAAACACGGUGCUAGCAGUACAGUGUUUCAAGCGUCUGAUAGGAAAAGCGGAGGUUUUAGCACCAAGUUUUUAUAGUGAAAUGUUUCGCAGAAAACUUACUGCCCUUGACUAUCACGACCCCAACGGAUUUGACUGCUCAGAUGAAACCCAGUUCAGGAACUGUUUGGUGUGGCUGGAGGACCAGAAGAUCCGACAUUAUAAGAUUGAGGACAGAGGUAACCUAAGGAACAUCCCCAGCUCAGAUUGGCCCAAAGCCUACGAGAAGUACCUGAAGGAUCUGAACUGUCCCUUUGGAGUUCAAGAGAAGAAAGAAGCUCUGGACUGGCUGCUGGGCCUGGCUGUACGCUAUGAAUAUGGAGACAAUGUUGAUAAAUAUAAGAACUGCCCGCCUCUGGCCACGUCCGGUAACAGCGAUAAGGUCGCCGUGGAUCCUCUAGUGAACCUUGACAGUAAUUCUCCAGAUUUUAAAGCGGGAGUUACAGCCUUGGCCAAUAUCCUUAAGAUACAACGGCAUGACGAUUACCUGGUCAUGCUCAAGGCCAUUCGGAUUCUAAUCCAGGAGAGACUUUCACCAGAGGCCAUAGCUAAAGCCAGCCAGAACAAAGAGGGUGUUCCGGUUACUUUAGACAAACACAUUCUCGGUUUCGACACUGGCGACGCCACCCUGAACGAAGCAGCUCAGAUCUUACGCCUGCUGCACAUUGAGGAGCUGCGGGAGCUCCAGACUAAGAUCAACGAGGCCAUCGUCGCCGUUCAGGCCAUCAUAGCCGACCCCAAGACGGACCACCGGCUGGGCAAGGUCGGCAGAUGAGAGAGGGCGAUGGAAGAGAGUCGCUGGAGGGAGCUGAGGACCGAGCAGCAGGAGUUUUCAAGUUGAUUCUCAGAGAAAAGGGCCUUAUUCUUUCUUCUAGUUUUUUUUUUCUUUUUUUUUUUUUUACAGCUGUUGCAUGAUGUGGGCCAGUUUGGUUGAACUUGAAGCAAUGGCCCAAGCCUCAGAUGCAAAUACAAACCUUCUUUUUGAAGGUAGGAGAGGCCUGUAGAAAAACUACAUGUAGUUGUGUU